UAUGAAUGAGAUCAUCGACAAGUACAGCACGCAUUCUAAGAACCUGGGGAAAACAGACCAGCCUGCUCUUGACUUGAACUUAGAGCAUAGCAAGUAUGCAAAUUUGAACGAUCAGCUUGCAGAAGCUAGUCUUCGACUAAGACAGAUGAGAGGUGAGGAGCUUGAGGGGUUGAGUGUUGAUGAACUCCAGCAGUUGGAGAAAAACCUAGAAACUGGUCUGCACAGGGUGCUUCAGACAAAAGAUCAACAAUUCUUGGAACAGAUAAAUGAACUGCAUCGAAAGAGUUCACAACUGGCAGAGGAGAACAUGAAACUAAGGAACCAAGUAGGCCAGAUUCCAACAGCUGGCAAGCUAGUGGUUGCUGAUACCGAAAAUGUUGUUGCUGAAGAUGGGCAGUCCUCGGAAUCCGUCAUGACUGCAUUACACUCCGGAAGUUCACAGGAUAAUGAUGAUGGUUCCGAUGUUUCCCUGAAAUUAGGAUUGCCCUGCCUUCCGUGGAAGUAACAACAGUUGUCGUCCGUUCGGUUCCUCAUGGAGCUGCAGCAUCAGUGGAGAAGCUCUUGGGGUUAUGGAUAAACCGGGGCUGCAAUAAUCCUGCGGCGGAAGCGAGAUCAGUUAACCUGAUUUAUCAUCCUUGUGGCUGCAUGAUGCGAUGCCCCCGUUUUAACUGUUGGUGUUUGCCUAGGACCUUGACUAAACUUUUAGAGCUACCUGAUGUUCAUCGUUGUUGACACUAUCCAUGUUAUGUAUGUACCAUGCCGGUAUCUUAGAUUAUGCUCUAUAAAUACAUGUCUUGGUCA